UCUAUAGGUGUAUCGUAGGCCGGGUUUUGUUUACAUUCUCUAUGACGAUGACUUUGCCGAUCGCUUACGGUCUGGGACAAUACGCUACCGAGCACUGUCCUUAUAGUCUUAUUUAAAUAUACGUGUACCAUUGGCCUUGUAAAUACCAUCGACGACCGUGGUACCUCUGUGUUAAAACAUUGAUCUACACCUGUGGAGCAGGCCAGUUUGUGACUCCUAUCUGCCUCAGUAAAACCCUAUGGAUAUUGGUGCUAACACGGAGGCAGAUUAUAGUCUCUCUAACGUGAUACAGUCGGAUAUUGAUAUCCAUUAGUACGGGUUUAUGUGCUAACGUGGAAUGUGAAAUAACACUUCUGUAGACACCUUUAUAUACAGAUGAGGACGGAUUAAACCUGAAUAUUGAGACACAUUAGACACCAUGCCGUCGGAACCGGGAUUCGACGUUGAAAAUACAGCCCAAAAGCUGUAUGGGUAUAUCAAACACGGAGACUUCAGAAAUGUUCAGGAGACGCUUGAUCCCAUCACGGACCGGGCUGUAGUGAGGGCUAUAGAGGACAGGUUCAUCGGUCGCCAUACUGAUACAGACCCCGUGAACCUCGCAAUAAAGCAAAGGGAGGAGAAGAUCGCUAUAUAUCUAGUGGAGAAGGCGUUCUCCACAGACAGAGUUCACCAGUGGCCAGAUAGGAGCUGUGACCAGUGGUGCUACUACGAACACGGUCCGGACAAGUGUAAGGCCGAAUUCACAGCGGUUGACCAUUCCGAGAAAGAAAACCUAUACAAACUCACAAAGCGAAUCAAGGAAAUAAGUCAAGGUCAGAGACAUCCGGGGGACGGUCUCGUUAUCUCGACAGUACAGCACCACAUGGUGGGUCAACAACCUAUGGAGGAGUCGAAAUCUCCCAGAUAUGAAAGGCCAAUGCCAGCAUAUGAGACGAAAAGUAGAAAAACGGCAGCUGAUGAGGCCCGAGAAAAAAUUCAAAAAUAUGGAAGAAAAUAUGUUGAUACGAACGGAAAUACUCUUCUACACUUAAAUAUACGAAAGCCCCAGGUCUACACAUAUGUGUUUGCAAACGGGGGUGUUCCGGUCAACAUACAGAACAAGGGAGGUGACUCGGCAUUACACCUUGCUGUUCGUGAAGGACUUUACGAAACAGCGGAAGCUUUGGUACAGUGUAGCGCGGACAUAGCACUGCGGAACUUUAUGGGUCAAACCCCUAUUGAUGAAGCAGAAGGUCCAAUUAAAAAAAUGUUGGAGAAAUUCCAGCCAGGCGUAGUGGAAGCCAUGUGUGGAAACUAUCGACAUUUUGAAAGAAUUCUCAGAAUUCUCGCGUGGGCCAGUCUGAGUAGCAAAGUCAAGGAAGAGAAGACAUUGAUGGAGCUAGCAAUAAUGAGGUCUGAGGAGGAUCCUCAGGUUCAAAAUUGUGUGAGAAUCCUCAAAGGCUAUCGGACAAGCAGUAGGCUCAUACAUGCUGUGUUGUGCGAGAACAUGGACUUGGCCCGGGAUAUCAUAGAAAAAGAAAAGGAUUGGAAGACAAAUAUCCGGUUCAUGGACCGUACUGGGAAAACACUGCUGUCACACGCAGUAGAGGCUAACAAUAUUGACCUUGUCCGACUGUUGGUUGACAGGGGAGGGGCCAAGGUCAACGCUAUCAGGGUCAGAGAGAGUGGGAUGGUUGAGGAGACCGUUCCUUUAUUCCACAAGUGCUUAAAAGCUGGAUUAAACCCAGAGAUUGCCAAAUUUCUCAACGCAAGAAUGGAUAUUAAGGAACGGUUAGAAAAGGACAAGAAUGGUAACACCGCGGUGCUACGGGCAAUAGAGGAGGACGUGUCACCCAAACUUGUCCACUGGCUAAUAGACACUAGCAGCGGCAGCUGUCUCGUGGAAAGGAAUAAGGAUGGCCUUACACCAAGAGAACUCGCGCUUGCUCAGAAAAACGACCCCAUCGUAAAGGUUAUAGAUCGUUACAUAUCGCAAAAGCCAACAAACAUACCAAAAUAUGCAUCUCAUUUGUGCCAUGAACGAGAUACCCUUGAUGUAGUAGACGAGACCACUGGAAAAACGUUGGGAGAAAUGGUACAGGAAGAAAAAAAGAUUAAGCUUAAGUUCCAAAAAUUCGAGGCGGAUGCAGAAAAAAUAUCUAGCGCAGCGGCUAAUGGUGAUCUAGAUGAAUUAAAAAACCUGUAUACUGCCAAUUAUGUGGACAGGAAUGGUUAUACCGUCCUCACGAGAGCCAUCGUAUUUCACAAGUACGAUAUCUGUAAGCAUCUGUGCACUGUUCGACCGGAACUCAGGUCUAUUCCUGAUAACAUGAACAGAUACCCUCUCCAUUAUGCCUAUUCUCUUCCUGCUAAUGUCUGCAUGAAAUAUGUGUGUCUGCUGCUGGAGAAAAACCCCGAGUCUAUCGAGAGCAAAGUCGACAUGAUGGGGCGGUGCGCAGCCGAGUACAAGGACCUCCGAGAGACUGUAGAAAUACAAACAAUGUUGUACGACGCCAUGACCCUGGAUGUCUUGGGCAAGAGAGGGCCGCCAUUGGGAUCGUGGCCAGAGGGAGCCAAAAGAACACCACCUGACAGGCACGUCAUUGGACACUCAUAACGAGGCAAUAACUAAACGUCAUUGGACAACGAGCACACUUAAAAGCUUUUCAUGGGACGUCAUUAACAUGUCAGUCGACAUGCGCAAUGAGAAUUAGAUUCGUUACCGUUACACCAAUCUUCCCUGGUCCAGUCCUUGUGUUACCCUCCACUGUUAUAAAACGUAGACCAGUGUGAGGAAUCCUCGAGAGUAGUGACAUGUACUGGACGACAGCAUAAUCAACUCAAAUUUGGACAUGCGUAGUGGAUAUUUUUGCCAUUAGGUGUUUAGGAAAAAACUAAAAAUAUGAGUUAAAACACCUUGAGGUAGUCGCGAUGGAACGUGUAUUUCAUACAUAAUCAACUCGUUCCUAAGGGACAUCGGCAAAACGUUUGUAUUCACGACCAGUACCUGUACAGCAUAGAGCAAAGUCUGUGGAACAGGAAUAAGGAUGAAAUGAGGACAUUUUUGAACCCGACUUAAUUAAAGAUAAUGGAGGUUAAGCAGUGCAAACAAGGAUUAAGCGUUGUGUUUCGCUUUUGGUGAAAGUGUGAAAACACACAAAGCUGAAAGCUCUUUACAAACAGAUGUAUCCACGUUAUCGAAGGAAUCGGCCAUCACUCGUCGUAAAUACCAAACAGGACCGUUUUCUUUUUCUUUUGUUGAAGUAAUUUGUUAUACUUCUGCAAGCUAAAAAUCACAACUACAUUUGUCGGUUGACAGACUGAUAAAUAAAUGUGUGCUGUUUAUGUAGACUCAAAAAAAAAAAGAAGUGAUAUUCUCUUUCUGUGAUAUUUAGUAUUUGCUCAACAGUAUUUAUUUCCUUGUAACAAAAAUAAAUUUUCAUUAUAAAGUA